AUGGAAGAGUCAUCACUAAGCCGGGCACCAUCCCGGGGUGGAGUCAACUUUCUGAAUGUAGCCCGGACCUACAUUCCCAACACCAAGGUGGAAUGUCACUACACACUCCCGCCAGGCACCGUUCCCAGUGCCAGCGACUGGAUUGGCAUCUUCAAGGUGGAGGCUGCCUCUGUCCGGGAUUACCACACAUUUGUGUGGUCUUUGGUGCCUGAAAGUGUUACUGAUGGUUCUCCCAUCCAUGCCAGCGUCCAGUUCCAAGCCAGCUACCUGCCCAAACCUGGAGCCCAGCUCUACCAGUUUCGCUAUGUGAACCGCCAGGGCCGGGUGUGUGGGCAGAGCCCCCCUUUCCAGUUCCGAGAGCCACGGCCCAUGGAUGAGCUGGUGACCCUGGAGGAGACCGAUGGUGGCUCUGACAUCCUGCUGGUUGUCCCCAAGGCAACUGUGCUGCAGAAUCAGCUGGAUGAGAGCCAGCAAGAGAGGAAUGACCUGAUGCAGCUGAAGCUACAGCUGGAGGGGCAGGUGACAGAGCUGAAGAGCCAAGUGCAGGAGCUUGAGAAGGCUCUGGCCGUGGCCAGGGAGGAGCACGCGGAGCUGGCAGAACAGUAUAAGGGGCUUUCCCGGUCCCACGGGGAGCUCACAGAAGAGAGGGACAUCCUGAGCAGACAACAGGGAGACCAUGUGGCCCGCAUCCUGGAGCUGGAAGAUGACAUCCAGACCAUCAGUGAGAAAGUGCUGAUGAAGGAGGUGGAGCUGGACAGGGUUAGAGACACGGUGAAGGCCCUGACUCGGGAACAAGAGAAGCUGCUUGGGCAGCUGAAGGAAGUGCAGACAGACAAGGAGGAAAGUGAGGCUGAGCUCCAGAUGGCACAGCAGGAGAACCGCCGCUUGAAUUUGGAGCUGCAGGAGGCCAAGGGCCGGCAGGAGGAGCAGAGUGCUCAGGCCCAGCGACUGAAGGACAAGGUGGCCCAGAUGAAGGACACCCUUGGCCAGGCCCAGCAGCGGGUGGCUGAGCUAGAGCCCCUGAAGGAGCAGCUUCGAGGGGCCCAGGAGCUUGCAGCCUCGAGCCAGCAGAAAGCUGCCCUUCUUGGGGAGGAGUUGGCCAGCGCAGCGGGAGCCCGGGACCGCACCAUAGCCGAGCUGCACCGCAGUCGUCUGGAGGUGGCCGGAGUCAAUGGCAGGCUGGCCGAGCUCAGUCUGCACUUGAAGGAGGAAAAAAGCCAGUGGAGCAAGGAGCGGGCAGGGCUGCUGCAGAGUGUGGAGGCGGAGAAGGACAAGAUCCUGAAGCUGAGUGCAGAGAUACUUCGACUGGAAAAGGCAGUGCAGGAGGAGAAGACUCAGAGCCAAGUUUUCAAGACUGAACUGGCCCGGGAAAAGGACUCUAGCCUGGUGCAGCUGUCAGAGAGCAAGCGGGAGCUGACAGAGCUGCGCUCAGCGCUGCGUGUGCUCCAGAAAGAAAAGGAGCAACUACAGGAGGAGAAGCAGGAACUGCUGGAGUACAUGAGAAAGCUGGAGGCCCGCCUGGAGAAGGUGGCCGAUGAGAAGUGGAGUGAGGACCCUGCCACAGAAGACGAGGAGGCCGCCGUGGGGCUGAGCUGCCCAACGGCUCUGACAGACUCGGAGGACGAGUCUCCAGAAGACAUGAGGCUCCCACCCUAUGGGCUGUGUGAGAGUGGAGACCCGGGCUCCUCCCCUGCCCCGGGGCCACGAGAGGCUUCUCCCCUUGUGGUCAUCAGCCAGCCAGCCCCCAUCGCUCCCCAACUCUCAGGGCCAGCUGAGGACAGUACCUCAGACUCGGAGGCUGAAGAUGAGAAGUCGGUCCUGAUGGCAGCUGUGCAGAGUGGGGGUGAGGAGGCCAACCUGCUACUUCCGGAACUGGGCAGUGCCUUCUAUGACAUGGCCAGUGGCUUUGCUGUGGGUCCCUUGACAGAGGCCAGCACUGGGGACCCUGCCACCCCGCCGUGGAAGGAGUGUCCUAUUUGUAAGGAGCGCUUCCCAGCCGAGAGUGACAAGGAUGCCCUGGAGGACCACAUGGAUGGACACUUCUUUUUCAGCACCCAGGACCCUUUCACCUUUGAGUGA